AUGGAGAAGGUGAUAGAGGAGCUGAAGAUGGAGGUGAUUGUGCCGCUUCGCCAUCCGGAGCUGUCUCGGUGGCUCGGAGUUAGGCCAAUGUCUGGGAAUGAAACAAAGCUAAUAUAUAAUUCUGAUUGCCCUCCUAGCCAGGAUCCACCAUUUGCCAGUAAAAAGUUCGUUUAUGGUUAUGGUUCACAUGAAGCAGGACUAACAAUCAGCAUGAACCAAAUUGGUUCAACCGAGCACCUCUUGCAUGAAGAGAUCGGUGUGAAUCACAUAAUUGAAGAGAGUGAGAUGCAUGAAGACACAGAAGAAAUCAAUGCAUUGCUUUACUCUGAUGAUUAUGAUGAUGAAGAUAAUAAUGAUGAUGACGGAGAUGAUAAUGACAGUGAUUGUGGUGAGGAUGAUGAAGUAAAAAGCACGGGUCAUUCUCCAAUAGAUCUUCAAGUGAGUUAUGGAAAGAAAGAACAUGUGGAGGAAUUAACAGAGAAGGUCAUCAGUUCUGAUGCUUCAAACAAAAGGCAUAAAUUACUCAAGGGUGGUUACAGGCAAUUAUCACCAAUGGAGACUGUUGUUAAUUUGAUACAGCCGUAUGGAUCUCACGGGCACGGGAACAAUAUGGAAUCGAGCUACGGACUUGGCCAGAUCCAAGGAGAGGAAAUACAUUCUACUGUGGGUAAGAUGAAGUCCAAAGACACAAUUCGUGAGAAAAUUAGAGUUUUUGAGAGCGUGAUUCCUGAUGCUAAGGGCAAGGAUUCAGUGUUCAUUAUAGACAAAGCUAUAGAAUACUUGAAGUCUAUGCAGCUUGCAGCCGAAACUCUGGGAGUGAGCUUCCAUGAAGAAGCUGCGUUCCGUCCAUGCUAAGGGAAAAGGCAGUAAGGCCCCCAGAAUU